AUGAAAACAUCACUUCAUUGGGCUUUGUUGGGCAUAGUUGCCGCUACCGGACUUGCAGCUGCAACUUCACCUCACAUCAUCCAUGUUUCACUGCCCCCCCGAGCGUCAAGUAGUACUUCCCAGCCCGUCGAUCAUGCUUUCGCCUCUUUUUCUCUGCCUGCCCAUUUUUUUGCAGACUUUACCGGAAAUAAGUCUCACCCGAACCUGUUCUCCAGAGAUAUUCUAGACUUGCUACAUAAGAAGACCGGCGCACACCCCUAUGUUCGUCUUGGAGGCACUUCAACCGAUCGACUAGUAUAUAAUGCUUCCCAAUUAGAGUCCGUCGUUUUGUCAGAGGAGCUCGAAAAUGGCAUACCGCUGAUGGUUACCGUUGGUCCAUCUUGGUUUGAAGGAUUUCACAACUUUCCAGGCUCCCUGUGGAACUUUCAAGCCAACUUGGCUAGUCAAGGACCAGAAGCUCUCAAUAACACGAUUUCAGUAUGUGAAAAGGUAAUGGAGGAGCUCAAAGAUAAGCUGGUAGCGUUUGAGAUCGGAAACGAACCCGAUCUUUACGCCCUCACAAAAGUCAGACCAGCAACAUACACUGUCUAUGACUACGUUCAGGAGUGGACGAGGUAUGCAAAAGCAAUAUCGCAGAAGGUUCUCAGUGGAAAUUCUUACGGCCUACCUGAGCGAACCUUUUUCCAGGGCCUGGUGUAUGCCACUCAAAACUUGGGUACAUUUACAACAGCAAACGCCUUUGACGCUGGACUGAAUCAUACGAAUUACAUCAAAUCAGUAUCCUUACAUCACUACUCUUCUGGCAACCAGCCAUGGGUGAGGCUGCAAAAUUCUUUCAUGAAUCACACAGCUGUGGCAGGCAACCUGAGUGCCUUCAAGCCAGACAUGGACGCGAUCAAACGCCACAAUCCCAAUAUAACCUUCCUACUAGGUGAAACAAAUAGUGACUAUGUGAAUUUAAACAUGACGCAUGUUGAGGGCGUCUUUGGAAGUGCACUAUGGUUGAUUGACUAUUUACUCUAUGGUAUGACAAUGAACAUUGCACGGUUCAAUCUUAUCCAAGGGACCACCUUUGGCUAUACUGGCUGGGUUCCUGUGCGUCGAAACGGUUUGCAGCCUUCCGUGAAGCCACCACUAUACGGACAAAUUGCUGUCGCAGACAUUGUUGGCAAAAACGGCCGCGUGCAAGUGCAAGAGGUGGAUCUUGGUAUCUGGAAUUUCUCAGCGUACGGAAUUUAUGAGUGUGGUAAGCUUUCUAAAUAUGUUCUUCUGAACCUGGACGAAUGGAACUCUACCAGCACACACCGUCGACCCGUUCAACGCGUAACCCUCCAUGUCCCAGCACGAGCUGAUAAGGCAAUUGUGCGACGGCUCACUGGACCGGGAGCCAAUGUCGAGACGGGUGUUCAAUGGGGUGGUUUAGAAUGGAACUACGCGGCCGGACGCCUCGUCCAAUCCGGCAAGGACAAGGUUGAAAAGAUCAAACCAAGAAGAGGGCAACUGUCCGUAGACAUUGAGUCUAGUCAGUGUGCUGUUAUUUCGUUUAACUAA